UUAUAAUUUUGCUGCGGUAACAACAGUACGUACAUUCGUUCCUGGCUGGUAAUUUAAUCUUAAAACGAAGCAUUUUCUGUCAAGUUGUGCCUAGCAAUUCAAAGCCAAUGGUCAAGUCAGUGAGCUUGAACGAUAAUUUCCUUCCAGAAGUAUUUUAUUGAAAUACACAGCACGAAAAGAUAUUGCGAGAGCUCCCGAUACACAAUAAGACGAAAUGCAAAAUAUUUGUUGGAAGGUGUAACCUGAGAAACUAUUUUAGAGAAACAAGUUGAUCAUUAUCGUUAUAUCAAAUUACGUCAGGGAUUUCAAAUUUCAAUGGGAUUGUUUUGACGUUUCUGCCUCUCAAGUCCUUGGACUUUAGCUAUGAUAUAAAUAUCACUCGACUGAUAACUGAAUACAAGAGUGGAAGAAUCAACGGUAUUUAAGAGAAACUAACUGGUGAAAGCACUCUUCGGAUAUUGAUCGGUCGCCUGGGUUUAUAAUCGAUUUGCUUCCUUAUUCUCAAAUUGAAAUGUUAUUCUGACGUCCGACGAAAAUACAAAAAUGCUUUUUUCUGAGGAAGAAGAAAUAGAGUUAAAAUGACGAAGAAACAAGCAAGAGAUUGGCAAGUACCAUAUCGUCUGAGGCUUCCUCACAAAUAAGCAUCUCAUCAGAUUCUGAUGAUUCAAUACAAGUAUUUCUUUUAAAAAGAAAAUCGUUGUCGAUGUCAUGUUUACCCGAUCAGGUUUCAAGUGCUGGACGUAUUGCAUCAACUUUACCCCAUAAUCUUAAUACGGUAGAUGUAUUUAAGGAAAAUUUACCGCCUAAAGAGAGAACUCUUGCUCAAAGUUGGUAUCAAACGGCAGAAUGCUUGGAAACAGAUGACGGUAUUGAACCUUUUUUUGAUUAUGGAAAUAGGAAACCAAAUGGUGAUAUUGACAGUACAGCUACCAAUGAUAAUGAAGAUAGCAAAUCAAAGAAAAAUGCCUUGGCAGAUCUGACAGACAUCAAUUCUGUCACUCAUACAUUUGUACGUUCCAGUGCUCUGAAUAUACUAGCUAGGUUUCCUGAAACAGAGGUUGUAAAAGCAAUGGACGACCAACUGAAACCAGUAUUAUCUGUCGUGGAAGAGGAUGGCGGUGAUGUAAAAGAUGAAAUGCCUGGCACAGUUGCUUCAUCACAUGUUCCAGUUAGUACAUGGAGCUCAACUGGUGAUAUAAAUGUUAUAUCAAAAUCUAACAAGACAAUGAAACAAAACUCGAAAAGUAAAUCAGUAGAAAUGCUAAAAAAGGAGAAAGAUGAAACAAAGAAAACAAAGAAGCAAUCAGGAAAAUGGUUCAGUAGACUUCGAGGGAAGAAGGAAUCCGAAAAGAAGAAAACAAAAAAACCUGAAAAACAAAAGCCUUCACUUCAAAAAUCACAAAGUUUUGGUCCACGAUCCUCAUCAACAAACUCACAGUUCAAUAGAAUGGACUCAUUUCGAAAGAUUUUCAAACGACAAAAUGAUUCAACAAAUGCCAGUGAAGACACAAAAGUUUCAGGAAAUUUGAAUAGAAAGGAUAUAUCAUCUCCAAUUCUCAAGUCAGAACUUAAAUCAAAGAACCUUGUUGAUCGAGAUGUAAUCAUACGUAAGAGAGCCUAUCAAUUUGAUAAGAAGACAAUAACAAGGGAUAAAAAUAAAACAAAUGAUGAUAUCACUACCAAUGCUAAAGUGGUAGAAAAGAACACCGAAAUCUGUAAUCAUCUUGAUGGCAUUGAGAAAAAUUAUGAUGACAAUGAUAACACAGACCGUGUUAGUUCAGGAAGCGAAGAUAAAAGUAGUCUGAAUAGUAAUGAUAAAUUUACUACAAAUGAUCUUAAUCAAAAUAAUGGCAAACUAGAUGUUUCAGUUGCUGUUAAAGACAAUAGUAAAGUUGAUGAAGCAGUCGAAGGUCCAGACCUGGAAAAUGAUGACAAUUCUUGCCACAAAGGUAGUCCUGUUCCGCCUUUGCGAUCUAAGCAUUUAGAGAAAAAAAGAUUGUCCAUGUCCAUUAUAGAUGACUCAUUGGUAGAUGUACUUGAUGGCAAUUUACAAGAUGAGACUUGUGAAGCAAAACAAGAUAUAUCUAAUCGAAAAUCAACUAUUAAAGGAGAAACAAAUGAUAAUGAGGACAGCAAUGAUAUAGAUUGCACUGACACAGAAGAUAGCAGAGGAAAAGAUCACAACGAGAAAGAAGAUUACAAUGAGAAAGAAGAAAGCGAUAAAAAUCAAGAAAGCUACGGCAACGAGCAACAACAUACCAAUGACAUUGAACAUAGCAGCGAGGAUGAAGACACGAAUGAGGAAGAGGAAAACAGAAACAAGAAAGAAAGCUAUGACAACCAAGGAAGCAGUGAAGCAGAACAUAUACUUUGUCAAUCUCAAAAAAAUGAAACUAUUACUGAUUCUUCUCUUACAAAAGAAACAGAAUUCGUCGUUAAUGUAGGCGACGAUAUAAGCUCAGUGAAAAAUAUUCAUGAGAAAGAAAUGAACUUAGACCAUGCUAGCAUUGAUAGGACAAAGCCUACGGAAUCAUUAGAUGAUAAUAUUAACAGUGCUCCCUUACACGACAGUUCAUUGAUGAGCGAUCCUAGUUCGGAUGAUAAAAAUUAUUUAUUAAUACAAUCCGAAGAAACUAUCGCUGAACCGGACUCAACUUCUCUUUCAAAAUCUGAAAGAGAAGAUGACGACGUGUUUUAUGACGCGACAAGUGAUGAAAAAGUUUCUUUUAUUCACAGAAAACAGUCGUUGCCCGUAAGCUCAUCCGGUGCUCCGCUACCAUUAGCUGAAAGGGGAACAAAUGACUUGAAUGCCAACGUUACGCGUUGGAAUUCGGAUGUGUCGUCCUCUGAUUCUCAAAGUGCCGUCACUUCGAAAAAGAAACCAAAUUCCUUUGCUGGAGCGAGAUCAACGUCAAGCGCUUUUGUGCCAACAAAUCAAUCAGCUGUCCGCUCACCAACCGAACGAUCUAAUAAACGUUCUUCAUUGUUUCGAAAUGCAUCCCAGACAUAUCAGACUACAGAACCAAAAUCAUUAAUCACUGAUGUGGUACCGGUCACAUUUCCAAACUUUGACACGGAUCGUCGAUCACAGAUUGUUCUUGAACUCUUCACGACAGAGAGAACAUAUGUGAGAUCACUAGAGACUAUUAUUGAGCUUUUCAAGAAACCCAUGUUACUCAAAAAAGACAGGGAUGUCGACAACAUUUUCUCCAAUAUAGAUGAAAUUUUUGCCAUCAAUAAAGACUUGCUUUUUCUCCUUUGGUCGAAGGUUAAACAUUGGAGCAAUGAAGAAUGUAUAGCACACAUAUUUAUCGAUAUGGAAGAACGCUUGAAGACGUAUGCCGUUUAUUGUAAGAAUUUCGACAAUUCUGAUGCGACGAUUAAGCAAAAAAUUAAAAAGAACAGGGAUUUUGAGCGUUUUUUAAAGUUGUGUUACGAAGACCCGUUGUGUCAACCUGGACUUGAUUUGCCUGCUUAUUUGAUCACAAUUGUCCAAAGAAUACCAAGAUAUCUUCUCUUAUUAAAAGAUCUUUUUAAAAAGACAUCCAUUGAACAUCCUGACUACAAUAAUCUACAGACAGCUCUCACGAGAAUGAAUAAAGUUGCUCACUAUAUAAAUAGUCAGUUGCAAGAGGUUCAUAGCAGAAAGGCGUUGCAAGAACUCCGCUCAACUGUUUUAGGAUUACGGGCAUAUGAAAUUAAAGGAAGAACGCUAUUGAAAGAAGCAGAAGUAUGUUUAAUGAGUCCGGAUAAGUCUUAUAAGUGUUUACUUUUUAAUGAUAUCAUGGUGUUUGCCAUUCAACAAGGCUCCAAUCGUAGUGAAAUUGAAAUGACCUUAGAAUUGAAAACUUUAUGGUUUGAAGAUUUGAAGAAACUUGAUCCUCAAACAAACAAGCACGAUGCCAUAGAGUUAUAUACCCCACAUCGUCCGUACACGAUGUACACAAGCUCAAGAAUGGAAAAGCGUGUUUGGAUUCAAAAAAUGAGAACAGCAAUCGUUACGUUAUUACAUGGAGCAGAUUGUGACGACCAAGACGAAACGUUGGACAUCAGUCGGCGGAAAGCUGAUAAUACAUAUAUUGAUGGAAGUGUUUACUGCGGCGAGUAUAUGAACGGAAAACGGCAUGGUCAUGGAGUGAUGGUUUGGCCAAACAGAACACGAUAUAUAGGAGCAUGGGAGGACGACGAGAGGCAUGGCCAAGGUGAAUUAAUUUAUUACACCGGCGAAAAGUAUGUUGGAAACUGGGUGGCAGAUAAAAAAGAGGGUAAAGGACGACAGGUUUAUGUCAAUAAUGAUGUUUAUGAAGGCGAAUGGAAGGACGGUAAAAUGCAUGGCAAGGGCGUUAUUCGUUAUGCAAAUGGCGAUUGUUAUAACGGUGAAAUGAGAAUGAAUGAAGUGGAAGGAUAUGGAGAAAUGACUUGCUCAAGUGGUUUAAUUUAUAAAGGAGAUUGGAAAAAAAGCAAGAGACAUGGUUCCGGUCAUCUCUUCCUAUCAAAUGGCAACGAAUAUGAAGGUGAAAUGUUCAAUGAUCGUAUUUGUGGUUCUGGUUCAAUGACUUAUUUUAAUGGUGACAAAUACACCGGUGAUUGGGUUAAUGAAGAGCGUCAUGGAAGUGGUGUUUUGACGCUUGUUAAUGGUACAGUGUAUGAUGGACAAUGGGCUUACGAUUUCAUGAACGGACUAGGGAAAAUGACUUAUCCUAACGGUGACGAAUAUAGUGGCACGUGGUAUGAGAAUAGGAGAAUAGGUCUUGGUGUAUUAACUUACGCCCAUGGUGAUGUUUAUGAUGGUCAUUGGCAUGAUGACACGAUGCAUGGUAAAGGUGUAAUGAACUAUAAAGAUGGUUCUGUGUACGAAGGAGAAUGGAAAAAUGGAAAGCGUGAUGGUCGUGGUGUUACGAACUACAAAGACAAAAGCAUCUAUGAAGGAGAAUAUCACCUUGGUUUCCGCCAUGGUCAGGGCAAGUUGCUCUAUUCAAAUAAUGUAUGCUAUCAUGGUGGAUGGAGGUGGGAUAAGUUUGACGGCAAUGGUAGAUAUAGUGAUCCAAACAAUGACUACAUGUAUACAGGGGAUUGGUCCAAAGGAAUGCGUGAGGGAUCUGGCAUUGAAACCUCGUUCGGAGAUCGGUACGAAGGCAGUUGGAAAGCUGACAUGAAACAUGGUGCCGGAGUUGAGACGUCAUAUGCUGGUCACGUGUUUACCGGUAUGUGGAAAGAAAACCGUAAACAUGGAGAGGGACAACGAAAAAUGAGAUCAAAUGUAGAGGAAGUUCAGGAGGAGACAAUUAUCUUAUCACGAUCGACAAACAAUAUUGGAUCGAGAAAACAUCUAUUUACGUAGAAAAUUGCCCAAGUGUAUCCGGUGUUCUGUGUGUGUGUCUGCCUUAUUUUGCCGAUUGAAGUUUCACGGUUUGCGUCAAAUAUUCCGAAGUCUGUGUUUGUAGAAUUUGAAAGUAUACAUCAAGUCGAUUGUGUUGUUUCUGUGGUGGGCGGUUAUCGGCCAAAGUGAUUAAAUUGUAUUGCGAUUAUAUAUAUGUAAGUUAGCUAAACAUCGCUGCGAAGAUUAUAAGGUAACGUGGUGUAUCAUGAAAUAGAUUUAUGACAUUAUAUUUCAUUGAGGUGUUGUCAUUUAACUUAAUUUUUGCAUUCAGAAUGUGGACUCUAAUACUUGUGACGAUAUUAUUGGCAUUUUCUGGUGUCUUUUACAAAGGUUAGUAGUAUGAAAUAUUCAUUAAUCGCCUUUGUCAUAAUCUUGCCGAUUUCUUUUAAGAAUUCCUAGACGAUGAUUUAUGUUUUUGCAUGGCGACAGUUAUGGCAAAAUUAUCCUCCUUGCAUGUCGAAAUAAUGCGGUUUUCUUGUUACGGGAACCAAAAAAAAGCUAAAUUUAUGUGUCAAAAUCGAAGACACCAAUAUGAGUCGAUAAUGUGCUUUGUGUUUUCAAUUAUUGAAACUGAAAAUAAACAGAGCGCUUAUGACUACUUAACACAUACAAAUAUAUACUGUAAUAAAAGAUUUUUUGGCUAUUGAUAACGUUUAUCUUUAAGACACGAUAUUGUUUUAAUGGCGUUGUAUAUAGCUACAAAUCAAAUAUCGUGCAUGAUGAAAUAUAGACUUGACAAAAAAUUGUGAGACCCUCUUAUCAAAAAAUGUAACCAAGAGGGGAAUACAGAACAAAUUAUAAGACAUAGAGAUCAAAAUAAGUCGAUGUAAAACUUGUUACAUUGCGGAGUCAAACAACAAAUAUAUACUACUUUCUAUAAA